AUGGUCGCUCUCAAAGCUUGCUUGCUGCUCCUUGUCAGCUCUGAGCUGACGUUUGGCGCUGCCCUUGGUGCUCAUUCUCGCCGCAGAGGCGUCACUCCAACCAACCCGCACGACAAGGACACGACCAGCUACUGCAGCUGGUGGUUUGAUUAUAACGAAGAGCUUCCAUGUGACCAGGUGCUUCAGGCAAACUCCGUUACUUUAGAGCAGUUCCAGCGUUGGAAUCCAUCAAUCACGGGUAGCUGUAAUGGCAUGACCGUGGGCAAGUCCUACUGCGUGGAAACGGCAUUUGAACCCACACCAACGGCAUCUCCAACCGGACCAUCAGGGCCUACGGGAACACCUGGUACUAUCGAGACCCCUUUGCCAACACAGCCUGAGAUUGCCCCUAACUGUGAUGCAUUUCACUUGGUUAAACAGGGAGAAGACUGUGGUACUAUUUCUGUCACUUACGGAAUUACCAGUGCCCAGUUUAUAGCCUGGAACCCAAGUGCUGGGAGAGAUUGCACCGGGCUCUGGGCUGAUGCCUAUGCCUGCGUGUCUAUUGUCGGCCACGAGCCGUCCAAGACCACUUCUCCGGCCCCCCAGCCAACGCCCACUAAGCCAUCCAAUGGUAUUGAGACUCCUCUUCCAACACAACCUAAGAUUGUCGACAACUGCGACAAGUUUCAUCUGGUAGAGCCGGGUGAGGGCUGUGCUGCCAUUACGUCCAAGUAUGGCAUCUCCCUUGCACAGUUUAUACAGUGGAACCCAGCAGCUGGCAGCAAUUGCGCAGGUCUCUGGGCUAAUGCGUAUGCCUGCGUCUCUAUCAUCGGCCAUGAACCCAAACCAACUCCAACCAAACCGAGCAAUGGUAUCGAGACGCCAUUACCUACCCAGCCUGAUAUUGUCAACAAUUGUAACAAAUUCUACCUGGUCCAGGCCGGCGAUUCAUGUGCCACUAUUUCAUCCAAACACGGCAUCGCCUUAUCGGACUUCACAAAAUGGAAUCCCAAGGCUGGGAACACAUGUGCAGGCUUAUGGGCUAAUGCGUAUGCCUGCGUGUCGAUUAUCGGGUAUACACCAAAGCCAUCGGCAACUCCAACUCCAACAAAGCCUCCAAAUGGUAUUCAGACACCUACUCCGGUCCAGAACGGGAUGGUUAAUAACUGCAACAAGUUUCACUUUGUUGAUACCGGGAAUACCUGUCCAGUUAUUCAGGCGAAGUAUAAAGUGACGUUGGCAAAUCUCGUCAAAUGGAACCCAGCAAUUAAGCCUGAUUGUACCGGCUUAUGGGCGAAGACUUAUCUUUGCGUUGGAACGCUCUGA